UUAGUUUGAUUUUUAGGAAAGUUCAUCCUAUUUUAUUAUUUUUAAAAAUGUUUCUAAAAUUCGAUAUGCCUGAAUUGGUUUAAUAUUUCAAAUACUAUUUGAAAUGAGAACGUGUGUUUGUGCUGCUAUUAGAUAUUGUGUGGCCAGGAUUUUAAUAUACAUAAACUGUUUCCUUUUUUAUUUUUUUGUUAUAAAAAAGCCCAUAGUUUUACCGUAUUAGUUUGAUGAUUGGAACUGCUAUUCAAAGGCAUGUGAGUUGGUUCAAAUUAACUUUUGUUGUUAGAUUGAGGAAAACAGGGAAUUCUUGAAUAAGAGUGAUCCUAUAUUGGUGGCUCGCACAUUGGAAAUGAUGUUGUGUAUCCCGAAAUACAAAGGUGUGGAUGACACAAUAUUUAUUAUUGCUGGAUGGCAACCGGAAGAGGGGCCUCAUGUGUAUGUGAUAGAUUCCAAAGGGUCUAGGUUGUUUGAACAGUUUAAAAAUUUCGGACCUAAUGGAUUUAAGCAUCUGCUUGGAAGUGGUGCAAUGAGGCAAGUAAACCACUAUCUCGACCAGGGGUACAGGUAUGAAAUGAGUCUCCAAGAAGCUCUUGACCUAGCAGAAUCUGUCAUUUGCUUCGCGUCGACUUUGGAUCGUGGUACCGGUGGCCUUGUCCAUGUGCGCUAUUUGAGUAGGAAUACUUUGAGACGUCAAUCACCGCGAGACAUCGCCAACUUAGUUGAAAACAAGUACAAAGAGGUCUUUCAGCAGUUCUUGAAUGGCGGUUAUUCUUCUAUGGAGGAAUAAAUGGGUCCAUUUGCCUAUUUGGGGAAGUUCUGAUUUCGGAAAUUAUCAUGACCUAUUGUGACGAUGUUGAUGUUUCUAUGUAUAAUUAGCUAAUUAAUUGUGACUUUAAUUUCAGGCUAAACCUUUUAGUAUACGGUAUUAUCUUAUUUUGAAAUUUACCAAAACUUGCUUGGCUAAGUUAAGUGGAGUAGUUAGUGAUAAGGUGCUUUGAUUUGCCUCAGCAGGGACUUGACCUUUUGGAACUAAACCAUUUCUAAUGAUUUGGUUUACAUUCUCAUUUUUGUGUCAGGGAGUUUGGAAUGUGUUAAAUAUUGGUUGAUUUGUGUACCCUCAGAUGAAUGAUUUCUUUUAUCGCAUGGAGUAUGAAAUGUGUUUAAUCUUCG